AAUGGAUAGAGUGUAAUUCAAUGGCCGCGCACGUUUGUUGGCUCCCGAUCAGCUCAGCUUGGGGAAUGCCUUUUUUCACUCUCGAUCCCCCGAUGGCGACCGCGUGACCGGUAGAUAUGAGCAAAUGUAGCAUACCGUAUGUAGUCGGCUGAUUGCGCGGUUGCGGUUGGUUGGUACUUACACAGAAGCUAUUUCGAGUUAAAUGUUUCUUUGUACAGCAUGCGCGAUAUCUUAUCGGGGUUAAUUCCUUUUUGGUGGAGAUGUUUCUGCGGUGGCUCAAAGGCAGAAUGCCGCUGAAUGGUGGUUGGACGCACAGAACAUAUGCGGCUGCCGUUGAAAAUCUGUGGGAAAAUCGCAAAAACUCAGUAAGCUUGGGUUUCAUUCCUGCGUGGAGGACGCUUGUUUCCGGUUGUCAAUGUGCCCUGCUAGGCCGUAAUGGAUAUCAUGGAGCGGGACGAGCAAAUCGGUAUUUGUCAGCUAUUACACCAUGCCAUCCGGAAGCUGGAGCUUGUCUCGUUGAAUCCGAUCAAUGACGAACUUUUGGAUCCAACCGGGUCGUAUUCCAUCGGAGAUCUAUUGAAACAGAAUAUUUCGUACCUGGAACGUUUCUAUCAAGUAGUGCACGAUGAAGAAUCAGAUAAGAAGAAAUUCGUCAGGGAGAGCAUCGAUUCUCAGAAUACGAAUAAUGAAGAGAAUCCGUUCAGUCAUUGGCACUUUGUCAAGCAAUACAAUGAGAUCAAUGACAUGGAGGCAAAGUUGGAGAGUAUGGAAAGGAUGUUCGAAAAUCUUCAUCAGAAUAGACAUGAACGCAAGCAACUGGAUAUCGCCUGUAACCGGUUCGUCACCAAGUGGGAGCAGAUACGCCUAGAACAGCUGAACCAAUCGCUCACCAUCCGGGAGGAAAGCUUCCGCCGGGACGUAGCUCUUCGAGAACGGGAAGUUGAAUCUGGUCUGAGAGCGGCUCACCAGAUAAAGGACUACUACGACUGGCAACUGGCCAAGGUGGAAACGGAUAUCGAUGACUGGAUGGAUCGGUUCCAUCGGGAAAAGGAACAGGUCGAUUUCCGCUGUCAGAAAGCUCGAGCCCAAAUCAGAAGGUGGAACGAAAUGAAGAAGGAGCUUGAAGGCAUAGAAGGGGAAAUUAAGAAGUUGGAAACGCAGGAAACGGAAUAUUCGAAGGAAGCUGAACACAAGCGACUUUGUCAGAAGUAUGCUGUUAGACUGCAGGCUUGGUGGCGUGGUGUAAUGGUUCGCAAAGGAUUCGGUCCAUUCGGAAAAGGUAAAAAUAAAAAGAGCAAAGGUAAGAAAAAGGCAGCAAAAGGAUCUAAACCAAAGUCCAAAACGCCAACCAAAAAGGUAAAGAAGUAACGAAUUAUACAUUAGGACGAAUAUAUCUCUUGUAAAGAUUUACAUCGAACAAAUAUAACAAAUUUCCAAUUCAAAUCAUCCAGCUGAAAACCAUCAUUCACCGUGAUGAAAAAUAACUGCGAUAAGUUUACAACGCCAAUAAAAGUACGACAUUUCGAUAAAUUGUUUAUCGCACCUCGGAA